AUGGACCGACCUGGGCACCUCCUGCAAGAUAAGGCUCUAGCCGAAUUCCUUUGUGUUGAGGACGUGGACUUUGACAUUGGUAGUGAUACCAAAGUCGAGGGGAAGGAGAAAUUUAAACCCAGCACACCUGUGCGUGAGGACAUUACCCAUUUGUCACCUAAUCCGUUCCCCGGACAGAGUGCCGCGACUGCGCUAACAACGCUGGGAGCAAUGUACCCCAUUAAUACAUCCAUCAUCACUUACCCGCUUAACGAGGAGCAACAACGCAUGCUCGAUCAAGCGGCAAGCGCACGGCGCAAGUCAGAUGUUCAGACAACGUUGCAACGACGUAGUGAAUAUACGUUCACUCCACCUGGCGUGGAAGAGCUCAUUCGUCAAGCGUCACGCCAUACUUUGGCAACAUGGGCCACCGGCCCCGAAGCAAAAACGCCCGCUGAACUCGAAUGCCGCAAGGCUCUUCGAUAG